AUGGCAAUGGAACAUCCACUUAUUAAAGAUUGUUGGUUUAGAGAAAUUAAUGAUGAGCAUUUCCCAGGCCAAGCAUUGAUGUUAAAAGUUGUAGAGAUUCUGCAUUGGUCUAAGAGUGAGUUUCAAGAUAUUUUAGUAUUUAAAAGUGCAGAAUACGGAAAUGUAUUAGUUUUGGAUGGUAUAAUCCAAUGCUCUGAAAGAGAUGAGUUUGCAUAUCAAGAAAUGAUUUCCCAUAUCCCAUUAUUCUCCCAUAAAGAUCCUAAAAGAGUAUUGGUUAUUGGUGGAGGUGAUGGUGGUGUCAUAAGGGAAGUUGUUAAACAUGAUUGCGUUGAAUCUGCUACAUUAGUAGAAAUUGACAACGCAGUUAUUGAACUUUCAAAAAAAUACUUAAAAAAUAUGUCUACAUCUUUAAAUCAUCCUAAAGUGAAGAUUGAACUUUGCGAUGGCUUUAGAUAUUUAAAAGAUGCUGCCAACUCGACAGAUGAGGAUAGGUACGAUGUAAUUAUUACAGAUUCCUCAGAUCCAGAUGGUCCUGCUGAAGCCUUCUUCCAAAAGGAGUAUUUUGAGCUACUUCAUAGUGCAUUAAAAGAUGAUGGUAUUGUGAUUGCACAGACUUCUGAAAAUAUCUGGUUAGAUAUCAAUUAUCUGAAAAAUUUGAUGAAAACUGCUAAAUCAGUUUUCACAAAUACGAAAUACUGCUAUACUAUGGUUCCUACAUAUACGUCUGGUCAAUUGGGUCUUGUCGUCUGCAGUAAAGAUGAAAACAAUGAGUUAACGAGCCCUUCUCGUGAAAUCACUGAUAGAGAACAAAACAAUCUAAGAUAUUAUAAUGCCUCGAUUCAUUCAGCAUCAUUUGUGUUACCAACUUGGGCUGACAAAGUCAUCAAUCAAAAGUGA